AUGAAUUGGCUCAGCCUCCUCGUCCUGCUGACUGUGGCCGGGCUGGCACACGGGACAUGGGAUAACUGUGGAUGGACUUGUGGCCUCCGACCCAUGGUGUCUCACUCUGGGUACAAGAGUCGUGACGAUGGCACAACACGUAUUGUGGGUGGUACAGAUGCCAAGCAAGGCGCCUGGCCCUGGAUUGUCAGCAUCCAGCAUCCUGCAAUACCAGGCACAAAGCAUUUCUGUGGAGGGUCUCUCAUCAGAGCAGAGUGGGUCCUCACAGCAGCCCACUGCUUUGACCUCAUUUUUAACAUCAGCCUGCUGUACGUGGUGAUUGGGGCCACUCAGUUGACUCAGCCAGGCCCUGGGGCACAAGUCCGCCAAAUUAAGAAGUUACUGCGUCAUGAAAACUAUCAGAGACGUGACAUGAGCAAUGACAUUGCCUUGCUGGAACUGAGCAAGCCUGUCCAGUGCAGCCCGUACAUCCAGCUAGCCUGUGUGGCCGACGCUAUCUUAGGGUUGUCAGUGUCAGAGGAGCAUAACUGCUGGAUUGCUGGCUGGGGUGCCACCAAUGCAAAAGAUAAAACCCCGAGCGAUCACCUGCAGGAGGCCAUGGUACGCCCUAUCAAUAUCCAGCUGUGCAACAGCACGUUCUGGUACUCAGGGAAAAUCCACACCCACAACGUAUGUGCUGGUUAUCCACAGGGCACCAUAGACACCUGCCAGGGUGACAGCGGUGGUCCUCUCAUGUGCCAGGACAACAACGCUGACUACUGGUGGGUGGUUGGAGUGACCAGCUGGGGGAAAAGCUGUGGCAGAAGAAGACGGCCUGGAGUCUACACCUCCACUCAGUACUUCUAUGACUGGAUUCUGGCUCACAUAGGUCCCUACAAUACAGCAAGAUCCGUCAGUGAAGAGGAUGUACCAUCCUUCACUUUCAGAGGGAGCUGUGGCCUCCGAUUUCCGCCACCUGUCAACAGCCCCAUGACUUAUUCCUACGGCAAGGUGGUUUAUGACUCCGGCACAACACGCGUCGUGGGUGGCAUGGGUGCCGCAGAAGCAGAAUGGCCCUGGCUCGUCAGCAUCCAGCACCCAUGGGUUCCAGGCCUUGGACAUUGGUGUGGAGGGUCCCUCAUCACUGCAGACUGGGUCCUCACAGCAGCCCACUGCUUCGACAAGUUUGAACAUUCCCCCAGCCUAAGAUGUGCCAGGGCACUCACACCUGCCAGAGCACUGCUCCCUCUCUGCCUUUCCAAGCCAAGGUCUGGCAACUGCUGGGCUGCUGUGACUCCCUCUCAUCCCUCUCUCCAUCUCCUUUCCAGUAACAUCAGCAUGGUGUAUGUGUUGAUUGGGGCCACCCAGUUGACUCAGCCGGGCCCUGGGGUACAAGUGCGCAAUGCCAAGAAGGUGGUGGUACACCGCAGCUACAGGCGUAAGGACUACAGCUACGACAUUGCCCUGAUGCAAUUGGACCGUCCUGUCCUGUGCAGCUCCUACAUCCAGCUGGCCUGCCUGGCUGAGCCCACUCUAAGAGUCUCAGAGUUGAGAAACUGCUGGGUGGCUGGCUGGGGAGCCACUACUGCAAGAAGUCUAGAUUCAGCUGAUCGCCUUCAGCAGGCCAAGGUCCGGCUCAUCGAUCUCCAGCUCUGCAACAGCAGUGACUGGUAUGCAGGAGAAGUCCAUCCCUACAACUUGUGUGCUGGUUACCCACAGGGCACCAUCGACACCUGCAAGGGUGACAGCGGUGGUCCUCUCAUGUGCCAGGACAACAACGCUGACUACUGGUGGGUCAUCGGACUAACCAGCUUUGGGGAAGGCUGUGCCAGACCAAGGCAGCCUGGAGUCUACACCUCCGUUCAGCACUUCUAUGACUGGAUUGAUUACAACAUGCGUAUAAACAGUUAA